AUGGCUGACAAAGCCAAGGCUGCUGAAGCCAAGAAGAAAGGAAAUGAUGAGUUCCAGGCGAAAAACUUUAAAGAGGCCAUCAAGCACUUCACGGAGGCCAUCAAGCACGACCCAUCGGAUCAUGUAUUUUUCUCCAACAGGUCAGCUUGCUAUGCCUCCCUUGAGAACUACGAUAAGGCACUGGAGGAUGGGGCAGAAUGUGUGAGGCUAAAACCGGACUGGCCAAAGGGCUACACCCGAAAGGGAUUGGCGGAGUACUUUCUGCAGAAGUACGAUGAUGCCGCUGAAACCUACAAGGCCGGCCUGAAGUUAGCUCCUGAAGAUGCCACCUUGAAAGAAGGCUUGAAAAAGGCCAUGGAUGCGAAAUACGACGUGCCCGGCGCAGGUAGUCACUACCUGGUAGACGUCAUGAAGUUUGUUCUCAGGUUUGUCCCUUUCACCUUGGUGGCAGCUCAGAACUGGCCAGCAUGCCAGGAGCAGAACACCGUGAUUCGAAACGCAGGACAGGCGCUGUUCACGAACCUCCAGGGCUAUGGUGCUACCAUUGGAUGCUUCUUAGAUGAUUGCAUGAGCUCAGACAAGUUCGUGGCCAGUGAGAUCGAGUCAUGUGCGAAGGUCUGUUUCUCUCUACCAGAGUGCAAAUACUGGGUCUGGGGUAGCGAAGAGGGUGAGCAGAAGUGUUGGUUCAGGACGGGUGACAGUGGCCGUGAAGCUGGAGAAGGGUGGGUGUCUGGCACCAAGGCGUGCGUUCCACCAGGCACCAGUGCGCUGCCGCUGGGCAACUCUGAAUGUUGGGCGGAGGGAUUUGGCUAUGAGAAUUGUUGUGAAGCCAAGUUCGGGCCCAACGGCAACGCCCAAUGCUGGGACGGUGUCUACAACUAUGACCGCUGCUGCUUCCCCAAAGAGGAACUUUAA